AUGGCAAACUAUGUGCCUGGCGAUCCCCUCGGCGUGGCCGGGCUGGAGGCAGGAAAGGGUGCUGGUGCCCUCUUGGCAGCGGUGCAGCAGUGGUCGGCGGAGCCUUCGCAUGAGUUCGGGGACGGCAUGGUGCUCAUGACCAGUGACCCCGCUGCCACUACAACUCCCUCGCACGCCUCGUCACUGUCGCCAGAGCAGCGAGUUGCUCUUAGCGCCGGCGCCGUUACGUGCCUCUCUGUCGCCUCCCUCCCUGGCACCACAGACACAGCUGUUGCAGUAGUCGGCACUACCGUUGGCACUGUGGCGCUGCUGCUUAUCGAGGGCAGCCGCGCUGUCUACAAGGUUGCCGAGUGCUCGCUGACGGAGUGGAGCAGCGGCGCCAUCACGGCACAGGAUGCCAUCGUAGACGUGGCCUUCAGCAUGGACCCGGCUGGACGGCCGGAGUUCGUCAGUGUCGCCAGUGCUGGGUGCGUCGUCGUCUUGGAUGUGCAACUCCUCUACCGGUCAUCUGGUAACGGCAGCCACAGCGCCGACGAGGAGGUCGGAGACACAGCGGCGAAGGCGCCAGCUGCCGUGGUGCACAGGGCAGAGCGGCAUCAGAAGACAGAACCGUGGUCGAAGUCGGCACUUCGGCCCAAGGCUGUGGAGGCGCUUGAGCGGUCGAGCGCGCAACUGGUGCGGCGCUCCUGCAGUGACGUCUUCGCCUGCUCCUUCGUAGAGGCCGACGUGGUGCGCAUCUUGGCUCCACAGCGCCUGCAGGCCGCCGUCGCGAUAGACGUGGCGCUUGUCGUGGUGCUCAGCAACGGUGCGCUGCACUACGUGGAGCGGGUGGUUGAGGGAGGCUCGGUGCGCCUCCUUGCCGAGCAUCAUCGGCAGCGGCUCGCCAAGGGUGCCACCUUCACGUCGCACGCAUCUUCGGCAAGACAGGGGGAGGACAGCGCUGCCGCGAGCGACUUUUCUACGGAUCGUGCUUCGCUGCACCUCCUCACCGACAGCCGUGCCGUUCCGCAUGUCAUCUACCGCUACCGCCUCUCACCUUACCACCUCCAGGCAUGCCAAGACGGCGGCCAGACGGCAAGCGGCGGUGGAGGUAACUACGGAAUGGCGGCGUUGGCGCUGCCGUCCGCGACGGAGUCGGUGACGCAUGUGUGUGACGCGCACUUGCACUUCAGCGAGAAGGAUGGCGCGUGCCACGUCGUGCUGGCCGGCACGCAGCGUGUGCCUGUCGGUAAGGUCGGCUACAUGCCGCUUGCCUCACGUGUCGGCUCGCUGGGUCAUGCCCAGCAGCACUUUGGCGUAACUGGGUGUCGGACCCUCGCGUGGUGGGCCGUCGUGCACAACGCCGUCCUGCCGCGUCAGACGUUUGACCGAUCUGCGGUGGAACAGCAGGCGCUCCAGCAGCUCCAGCGUCAGCAGCAGCAGCAGCAGCCACACGACGGGCACGCCUUCUCGCCGUUUCACACCAACGCUGGACCUCCGCCCUUCACGGUGCACGUGCAGAGCAACACAAUGGCUUUACCGUGUGGGCUCGGCGCCUGUCCUGCCUCCGCGCUGACGUCUCCUGCGACCUCGUCGCCUGCCACGGCUGGGGCUGGUGUGGCUAGCGGCGUCAGUGCGGCCGGUCCCAGUCAAGGCAGUGGCUUUGCAGCGGCCCUCAUGCUCUCAGACGUCUUUGUCUUAGCAUCCGGCCAGGAACUGUACGUUGGUGACCUCCGCGAUGUGCCGCGGAGCGCCAAGACCCUACCGGUCCCGCGUCCGCUGCGCUCCUUCAGCAGUGUCGUCGAGGGAAUUACCGCCGGGCCGUACAUGGACGCGCGAGCGGUGCUGGUGGCCACCGGCUCUCGUGUGGUCCCCGUGCCGCUUGUCUAA